AUGAACAAUGGUUCUUUGCCUGUAAAAGGCAAUAUAUCUCGAACAACAACAACAACAACAACAUCAAUAACUGAUCAAUCAUUGCGAACAUCAUUAAUACGUAAUACAGAUCAAGAUACAUCACUCGAUUUAACUGACGUUUCAAUUCUAUCUGUUGGUCUUACACGUUAUCAACAUCACGAUCACGGAAUGUUAACUGACGAUGAUGAUGAUAAUGAACUUGUAGAAACCAGUGAUGAAGACGAUGAUGAUGACGAAGAUGAUGAUGAUGAUGAUGAACCAUUUCCUACACAUUCUCGUAAUACAUUAUUAAAUAAUACUAAUAAUAAUAAUAAUGAUGAUAUGGAUCUUGGUUUAAUUGAUCCUGAUACUCAAGCUAAAUUAGCUGCCAUACUUGAAGCAACUGGUAUAACAAAUUCUCCUAUUCCUGAAGAUUUUUGGCGUGAUCAACAAGUUGUACGUUUAUUAACAAGUAGUGUAACAAAUAAUUUAAAUGGUUUACAUGAAAUUGCUAAUGCUAUCUCACCGUCAAAUACAAAUCUCAGUGGACAUCAAGAUAAAAAAUCUAAAUCAAUAAAUAAAGACACAUCAGGAACAUUUGUUCGUGCUUGUGUAAAUAAUGAUAUUCGAACUGUUGAAAAAAUUCUUCAAUCAACAAAUGGAAACGAACAUUUAAAUGAUGUUAAUGAAGAUGGUGAUAGUGUUUUAGCUCUUGCUUGUUCAAAUGGUUAUACGGAUCUUGUACGAUUAUUACUCACAACUAUACCUAAUAUUGAUAUUGAUGAUAGAGGAACUAAACAAGAUUGUACACCAUUAAUGGAAGCAUGUAAUGCUGGUCAUUAUGAAAUCGUUGAACUUUUAUUGAAACAUAAUGCAAAUGUAAAUAUGCAAUCAACAUCUGGAAAUACUGCACUGCAUUAUUCAGCAGGAGGAGGUUAUGCAGAUAUUGUUCGACUUCUACUUGAAAAUGGUGCUAAAGUAGAAGAAACAAAUGAAAAUGGACAUACUCCUCUUAUGGAAGCUGCCAGUGGUGGUCAUGUAGAAGUUGCUCGAGCAUUACUUGAUCAUGGUGCUGGUGUUAAUACACAUUCGAAUGAUUCGAAAGACAAAAAUGGAAAUGAUAGUAAACAACAUAAAACAGAUGAAAUGCAUACAGCUUUAAUGGAAGCAUGUAUGGAUGGUCAUGUUCAAGUAGCAAAAUUAUUACUUGAUCAUGGCGCUGAUGUAAAUAUGCCACCAGAUAGUUAUGAAAGUCCACUAACAUUAAGUGCAUGUGGUGGUCAUAUCGAAUUAGCAUCGUUACUUAUUGAACGAGGUGCUAAUCUAGAAGAAGUUAAUGAUGAAGGAUAUACACCAUUAAUGGAAGCUAGUCGAGAGGGACAUGACGAUCUUGUAAAUUUACUUGUAUCUCAAGGUGCUGAUGUCAAUCGAACAACUGAGGAUACACAAGAGACUGCAUUAACAUUAGCAUGUGCUGGUGGAUUUUUAGAUGUAGCAAAAAUUCUUAUAUCCAAUGGAGCUAAUGUUAAUUUAGGUCAAUCAACUCCUCUUAUGGAAGCAUCACAAGAGGGUCAUGUAGAAUUAGUUCAAUAUUUAAUACAAAAUAAUGCUGAUGUUAAUCAAACAACACCAGCUGGAGAGACUGCUUUGGCUUAUGCAUGUGAAAGUGGUCAUACUGAAGUUGCUGAAAUUUUACUUAAUUCUGGUGCACAUAUUGAUCAAACUGAAAAUGAAGGUCGAACACCAUUAAUGAAAGCAUCUCGAGCUGGACAUACAUGUACAAUACGAUAUUUAAUUUCAAAAGGAGCGGAUGUUAAUCGAUCAACAAAUAGUAAUGAUUCAACUGUUCUUUCGUUAGCAUGUGCCGGUGGUCAUCUUGAAGUAGCUUCAUUAUUACUUAAACAUGGUUCGGAUCCAAAUCAUCUUCUUAAAGAUCGAUCUAAUUGUUUAAUUGAAGCAGCUAAAGGUGGUCAUAUAGAAAUAGUAAAAUUAUUACUUGAAUAUCCAAAAAGUGUAACACAACGUGUAGCUCCAAUAAAUUCAGUUGAACCAUUAGUAAAUGAUGAAAGAGGAGGAGAAGAAGAAUCAGGAGAUAAUAAAAGAUCUGCACAAACAACGAAUUCUCCAAUUCAAUUACUUAAAAGUCUCCAAAAAAUAGUUCCAAGAAAUAUUCUCGAUGUUCUUCAAACUGGUGUUAAUGAGUCAACAAAACUACAUUCUGAUAACGAUAUAAAAGGUUUUUUCAAUAAUAUAAUUAAUAAUAAUAUACAAAAAAAAACAUUUUCUUUAGAUAAUACAACAUAUUCAUGGACAAAUAAUGAUCGACCAUCAUCACCUAUUUUAACUGAUGAAACAUUUCAACAAUCAUUAAUACUAAAUCAAAAUUCUGAGAUUAAUAAUACUCAACAAGCAAAAAAACUUCAGAUACUCGAACAACUUCAACAUGUUGAAAAAGAACUUCAUGAUAAAGCUCAACAACAUUUAAAAAUCAAUCAAGAAUAUCGACAACAAGUUAAUGAAUAUGUGAAUUCGAAUCCUGUACAACCACCACCGCCACCUCCUUCUUCUUCUUCAACGACAACAACUGGUAAAAAGAAACGAACAACAUCUUCAUCAUCAACAUCAAGUUCAUCAUCUGCUACUUCAUCAUCAUCUUCCACAGCUAAACAUGAUGAACAACCGACAACAAACUUAACUUUAUCACUUCCACCCCAAACAAUUAAUUUCUUUUCAGCGUCAACAAGUGAAAUUAAUCAAUCCUCAUCAAAUAAUCUUCGUAUAUCAAAUAAAUCAAAUAUUCCACCAUUACAUCAUAAUCAACAUCAUCCGAAAAUAAAAAAAUCUUUUAAUCGACAAUUAACUAAAUUUGAUCGUCGAUUAGAACAACAUCUACAUGAUAAUCAAACACAUUUAGAUGAAAUGAAUUUACAUUUAAAAAAUCUUAAAUUACUUUCUCCACCACCACCAUCAUCUUCUUCAUCAACAGAAUGUUUAACAAUAUCAAGUCCAACAAAAACUCCUAUGCAUAUUAAUACUGAUACACAAAAAGCACUUGAACAUUUACGUGAAUUAGCUAAUAAUCCAUCUGAACUUGAACGUAUACAAACAUUAGCAAAUAAUCCAAAUUUAAUACAUGAAAUUAAAAAAAUUGCUAAUCAAUCAUUUAUUGAUCAAUUAAAAACAUUACCACCAUUUGCACCAGCAAAUUUACAACAAACAACAAAUGAAUCAUUACCAAUAGAUAAUAAUAAAUCUAAUAAUGAAAAUCAUGAACAGACACUGAUACAUACUGAACCAAUUGUUCAUUCUCAAUCUGAUUCAACAGUAAAAACAGUGACACCUUCCACUCAAAUUUCUUUUCCACAACAACAUGUAUCUACGACUCAAAAUUCAAUCAUAGAAGAUAAUCAUCAGACUUCAUUAGUAAACGAUCUUCCUCCGCUACCUCCGUCUCUUACUAAUCUAACACAUACUCAACAUUCAAUAUGCUGUACAGAAUGUCCAUCACAUCCAACAAAUAUACAAAAUACAGCAUUAUCUCAUUUACGUUUUCAAAAUCGAAUAGAUGUUGAUUGUGAAACAGAAUCUAAUCAUGAUACAGCAUUAACAUUAUCUUGUGCUGGUGGUCAUGAAGAACUUGUUUCAUUACUUUUACAACGUGGUGCCAAUAUUGAACAUCGUGAUAAAAAAGGUUUUACACCAUUAAUACUUGCAGCAACUGCUGGUCAUGCUAAUAUUGUUGCAAGAUUACUUGAAAAUGGUGCUAUUAUUGAAGCUCAAUCCGAAAGAACAAAAGAUACUGCAUUAUCUUUGGCAUGCAGUGGUGGAAGACAAGAAGUUGUAGAAGUUCUAUUGAAAAAAGGAGCUAAUCGUGAACAUAGAAAUGUUUCUGAUUAUACUGCUUUGAGUCUUGCUGCUUCUGGUGGUUAUGUGAAUAUUAUUCGAUUAUUAUUAAAUUAUGGUGCAGAGAUUAAUUCAAGGACUGGUAGCAAAUUAGGAAUAACUCCAUUGAUGCUUGCUUCAAUGAAUGGACAUGUAGCGGCUGUUAAACUUCUAUUAGAUAUGGGUUCUGAUAUAAAUGCUCAAAUAGAAACAAAUCGCAAUACAGCAUUAACAUUAGCUUGUUUUCAAGGACGAGCUGAAGUUGUUUCAUUAUUAGUUGAUCGUAAAGCAAAUAUUGAACAUAGAGCAAAAACAGGUUUAACACCUUUGAUGGAAUCUGCAUCGGGUGGUUAUGUUGAUGUUGGACGAGUUUUAUUAGAACGUGGAGCUGAUGUUAAUGCACCACCUGUCCCAACAUCGAAAGAUACUGCGUUAACUAUUGCUGCUGAUAAAGGUCAUCAUAAAUUUGUUGAAUUACUUCUUCUUUAUGGUGCCACUAUUGAUGUACGAAAUAAAAAAGGUGCCACACCAUUAUGGCUUGCUUGUAAUAAUGGUCAUUUAGAAGUUGUACAAUUACUUGUCACACGUUUUGCUGAUCCAGAUUCCAGUGAUUCUCGAAAAGUGUCUUGUCUAAUGGCUGCCUUUCGUAAAGGACAUAAUAAAGUUGUCAAAUAUUUAGUUCGUCAAGUUCGACAAUUUCCAUCAGAUGCAGAUUGUCGUCGUUUAAUCAGUACAAUAACUGAUAAAGAUUUAUUAAAAAAAUGUCAAACAUGUAUGGAUCAAAUCAUAUCAGCGAAAGAACGGCAAGCAGCUGAAGCAAAUAAAGCUGCAAAUAGUUUAUUAAAAGAAAUUGAUUUAGAAAAAUCACGUGAAGAAACUCGAAAAGUUGCUGCUGCAAAAAAACGUGAAAAACGUAAAGCAAAAAAGAAAGGUAAACAAAAAUCAACAACAAAAACUGAUGAUGAUCAACAACAACAAGACAUCGAUGAUCAACAACAACAAGACAUCGAUGAUAUUGAAGAAGAACAUCAUGAAAAUGAAGAACCAAUAGAACAAGAAAUUGUUCCAUUAUCAACAACGACCACAACAACUCUUAUUGUUGAUGAUGAUCUUCGACUAAAAAUGAUUAAAACAGAUAAUGAACAACCAAUAAUAAAACCUCCUACACCUGAACAACCACCACCGCCACCAUCUCCGCCUCCUCCACCACCACAACAACCACCAACAAUAUCAAAACAAACUACAAAUACUAAUAAUAAAAAGAAAACAAAUACAAUGACACGUAAAAUUGAACGUCAUCAAGAAAAUCUUGCAUCAAAAAAUAAACAACAGGAUACAUCUUCAACAGCUAGUGGAAUAACUCUGCCUCCGGUUGACGAUGGAUGGCAAGAAGUUAUUGGUAAACAGAAAAAAAUAACUAUACCACAUGAACAAUAUUCACGUAUUAUUGGACGAAGUGGAUCUAAUUUAAAUGUCUUACGAGAAGUAACUGGUGCAUCAAUUGAUGUUGAAAAUAAACGAGCAAUUGGUGAUAAAACAAUAUUAAUUAAAGGUAAUGGUGAUUCAAUAAAACAUGCUUAUCAAUUAAUAAUGGCAUUAUUAAAAAAUUCGGAGUCAGAAUUAAUGAAUCUCUUACCAUCAAGUAAUGAAACUAAAACAAAACCAAGAUCAACAACAAUUACAUCUAAUACUAAUGAUAGUAAUGAUGAAAUAAAUAAAAUACAAAGAUUAAAUAGUACAAAUUAUGGAUCGAGACCUCAAACUACUGAAUCAUCAAUAUCAGAUACAUAUGUAACAACUCCACCAGCGAAAUUAACACCAAAUAGUACUCGUUCAUCAAGUAAAAAAGUAGGAAUAACAAAUUCGACGAAUAGUUCUGGUCGUUCGACGUCAUCUUCAUCAUCUACUAUAAAGAAUUCUCAACCAUUAACAGCAACUGGUGCAACAUGGGUAAAUUCUAAUCGAUCAAAUCGUGGUACAACAUCAUCAUCAACAACGGCGACAACAGCAACAACAACAACUAAUUCUAUACCGUCGAUAACAUCUAAUUCAACAGCAGUAUGGAAUCAUCAACAAUCAUCAUCUAAACCUACUUCAAUACAUAAUAAAACAUCCAAUUCAAAUCAUUAUUCGACAAAUCAAUCGAAUAUUCCGUCAUCAUAUCAUUAUUCAUAUUCAAAUACAAAUUCAUCGAAUAAUCAUAAUCAUUAUGGACAUUCAAAUAAACAUUAUUCAACAAAUUAUCAUCAAAAAAAUGAACAUACAACACCAUUAGAAACGACGACAACAACAACUAUUCAGCCAUCAUCAGUUCCUAUGCUUCCAUCUCAACCAGGUCAUCGAAUACCAAUCUCACCACCUCCAACUACAGAAACAAUCUCACCACCAUCAUCAUCAGCAUCCUUGCUUGUUGUUUCAUCUGCUACACCUACUCCGACCAAUGUAACAACCACUGGAGAAUAUAAUCCAUUUGCUUCAAAUAUUUUAACAACAUCAAUUGUUGAUGUAUUAACUAAAACUAAAGAACCUAUAACAUCUAUUGAUGAAUCAAAUUCACUUUCAACAACAAAAAUGAAUUUUGCUAAUGCUGCAAAAAUGAAUGUAACAACAAAAUUAUCUCAUCAUGAACCUAUUGUUAUUACAAUGGAUGAACCAUUAUCACCAACACCACCAUUACCAGAUCCAAAGAUUGCACCUGGCUAUCGUGGUCCAGCAAGUGCAGGUACAACACCAGUACAUCAUCAUCAACAACAACAGCAACAAAUGAUUCGUACAACAAAUUAUGAUUCACUUUCUCCAACAUCACAAUUAAGUCGUGCACCUGGUGCUAAUAGACAUCAACAAUCUAUAUCACCAUCAAUGAAUAAAGUACGUCUUGAUCGUAAUGGUCAAACAGGUUCAUCAACAACAUCAUCAACAUCCUCAUCACCAUCAUCGAUAAAACAACAAACAAAUCAAUUUAUUCCACCACAACAAUUAUUUACUUCAUUAGAUCAACAACAACAACAACAACAACAACAAAAACCAUUUGGACCUAUUGGAUCACAUCGUGCACCAGUACCAACAUCAAAUGAUGGAACAUACAAUGAAAAUUCUCUUCAAAUGCGAACAAAAUUUAAUCGAACAUUAUCAGCAAAUAAUACUCCAGUAUAUCAACAAGUAACACAACCACCACCAGCAAUGAUGCUUAAUAAUCCAGCGUAUGCAAAUAUGUCACGUAGCAGAUCGAAUCUCAAUCCAAGUGCACCAGAAUUUAAUCAUGGUAAUCGCAUGCCACCACCACCAUUUAUGCCAACGCCGCCACAAGCGCCUAUUUCAAAUGGACCAUUAUCUGCAAAUAUCAUGAAUAUUGCUCGUAUGAUGGAACAAAAACAGCAACAGCAAUUAUAUACAAACAAUAACAAUGUUCCAGUGCAUCCACCACCGCCGCCGCCACCACCACCAUCACAGCUUCCACCUCCACAAUCAAUGGUAUCACCACAAGUAAUGCCUUCUCCACGUCCACUUCAACAAGCGGACAUGGAAGCAAUGCAGCAACAUGUACAAAAUCAAGUUUUACAUUUUUGGCGUUUACAUGCUAAUCCACAACAACUUGUACCACCACCACAAUUGCCAACAACAUUACAAAUAGCUAAUAUAUUAGCAUCAAAAGGACAAUUACCACAAGAUCCAAAUCAAGCAGCGGCACUUGUUGCUGCUUAUUACUAUACAAAUUUUAUAUCACGAACGCAACAGCAACAACAACAACAACAACAGCCGCAGCAGCAACCAAAUAAUAUUCCAGUAUCGUCUAAUGUAAAUAAAAAUGUUUAUGAGACGAUUAAUACACCACAACAAACCACUUCAAACAGUGAUGAUAUACCACUAACUGCAGUCGAUCCGAUCAAUGGAAAAAUUCAACCACAGGUGAUUAUUGAUCCGAAUGUUAUCAUUACCAAUAGUAAUCAUUCAACCGGUCCUUCUUCCUCAUCAUCAUCAUCUACAACUGUCGAUCAUAAAAUGGUGCCAGCUGCAAUCGGCAGUGAGCGUAAACGUCAUAUACCUGUAUCAACCACUAUUGGUUCUAUGCCAAUUGGUAGUACUGGAGAUUGGUCUUCCGUUUCAAAACAACCAUAUCCAAUCGAUCCAUAUAUGCAACAGCAACAACAAGUUCCACUAUCAUCUAAUUAUCAGCAACAAUCGACUCGCGAUUAUACACGAUAA